GUGAGCUUUCCUUUCUAAACGAUAAGAAACUCUGACAAACACAGAGGGAAGCAGUCAGAUAAAUUCGCCGUAAACAGGUCAUUUUCAUUUGUCAAGUUAAAGUCAAAGUAAGACGUGAAGCGAGACGUCAGUCAUUAAAUUGAGGUCGACGUUUUGUUUGAUUAGGAUCAGAAUGAGUAUCCACCACGUUCUGUUCUUCUGCUUCGUAUCAGCACUGUGUGGUGGAGACUCUGUCAGUGCAAAACUGAAUAUUUAUGCAGGAGCUGCAGGAGGAAAUGGUUCACUUGAUUGCUACUUGUCUUCAUCUGGAAGAACGAAGUUCUUCUGUAAGGACGAAUGUGAAGCAAAAGAUAUUCUGAUUAAAACAGAUGAGGUCAGAGCUCAGAGUGGCAGAUACAGCACUACAUACAGAAACAACUCUUCUGGAGAAGAAAUUCUGUCUGUUACCAUCACACAUCUGAUCAAGUCUGACUCUGGACGGUAUAGGAGUGGUUUGGGCAAAAAUCUGGUUCCAGAUUCAUACUGUGACUUCGAGGUCAGAGUUUUAGACGCGUCACUGUUGGAAGAUCACUCUGAUUUUAUCCAAGCAGAUAUUGAGGGAGAAAAUAUCACAUUUGGAUGCCCCAGUACUGUGCAGCAGAAACAGAAGUUUUUGUGUAAGGGCGACUGUAUAAAAGAAGAGGACAUUAUUAUUGAGACAGAAGAGAACAGAGCUCAGAAUGGCAGACACAGCAUUGAAUAUAUAGAAGGAUCUGCAUUGGGACUUCAUGUCACCAUCACAGAGGUGACCACGUCGGACACAGGAUGGUACAGAUGUGGUUACGGCAGAGCUUUGUCUCCAGAUUCGUACUACGACAGAGAUAUUCUCGUCCUUACUGCUACGACCACUUCCAAACCAAACUGGACUCAUCGACCUUUCACAACACCAGUCCCAUCAGCCUCCACACUGACAAGCACUCAGUCUGACCAGCAGCUGACUGAGACAACACCAUCUCCAGCUGCGACCACUUCCAAACCAAACUGGACUCAUCGACCUUUCACAACACCAGUCCCAUCAGCCUCCACACCAACAACACCAACGCAAAGUUUAAGCUCCAGUUCAGGAAGUUUCACACCGUCAUCAGCUUUUCCUGAAACCACAGAGUUCACAGUCCCAGUCUAUCAUCCAGGUUACUUCUUGCCUCUGGUUGUAUGUGUGUCCUUGGUUGGUGUGUUGAUCGCUGUUCUGCUGCUCCUCUACAUAAGGAAGACAAGGAGGCACGUCACCUUAAACAGCAGAAACAUGGAGUUACCUGUCGUCUAUAAGAAUUCGGCUCCGGCCUCCACUUGUGAAGACUCCACCAACGAGAGCAGCAAGGAUUAGGAGCAGACCUGCUACACUCACACAUACAGCACACCAAUUAUGUUUAAACUUUGAUCUGUGUUUGUUUAACACACUGAGCAGUUUAACGUGAUGGUGGUGAUGGAACGAUUUAGCCAGGACUACCACACUGUAAAAACAUUGUACAAUAAAAAUGUUUAUGAAGUUAUUACUUAAAUCACGAUCAUGGCAGGUUUUUAAUUUAAUCAGUAAUAUGAAAAGUUUAUGAAUAUGUAAUAAUCUGUGCAAUCAGUAUAUAGUUAUAAUGUAACUGUGCAUGUUAACAUCUGUACUGUUAAGUUGAUUUGUGAAUCUAUCUAACUGGCACCAAGAUGUUUGCAGCAGUCCUAUAAGAUGCGUGGUGGAUCAGACUUGUUUGUCCAGCUCAUCCCACAGUCAACAGCUUGAACCCACUGUUGUGUUCCUAUAAACAUUCCUACUUGCCCAUUUUUCCUGCUUCUAACACGUCAGUUCAAAAUGUUUUUGCAUAUCCCACCCACUGACAGGCGCAAUGAUAACGAGAUAAUCAGUGUUAUUCACAAUGUUAUGACUGAUCAGUACAUUUAUUAUCCUAAAUACAGAAGUAUUAUCUUUCUUUGUGUCUAGAUCUUAUAUAUCUUAAGAGCAACAAGAAGUCUUUUUGAGAAGCCUACUUGAAAAGGUUGUAGAAGAGAAAUCCUACAGUACCACCUAAGUACACAUAUCCACCCUCCAUCCAUCCACUCUUUUUCACUUAUUCUUAUCCCCAAUAACACAUUCCAGAUCCUCCUGGAGGAUCCUGAGGCAUUUUCAGGACAGCUGGGUCAUAAAGUCCAUUCAGCAAGUUCUGGGUCAAAUAUGUUGUUAUGACAUAAAUGCUAAAAGUUGAGGUGAAACCACUUUCUCUAAGAGGUUGGACAAGAACAGAAUUUUGGGAAUGGUUACAAACAGAGUUUUAGGUCCACGUCUCUUUGAGGAAAAAUCAUUCAGAAUCAUGUCUUUCAGGCUUUUUCAUUGCUUUUCACUGUUAUGUAGAUGAUACCCAGACUUAUCUACUGAGGUGUCUGCACAUAGAUGCAUAGUUAUAUCCUAAUGCUUGUACUAUUAUAUAUAUAUAUAUCACCAGCCUAUCACUUUUGUGGCUAAUAUAUUGGAACCUCAGUUUUUUAUUUCUUUUUCAGUCCUUUAGGGACUUUGGGGAUAGGCAGGGACAGGUCCAUAGGAUGGUGCGAUGGAUUGACUAGCCUGAAGGUGGAUAUUGUUUUGAUUUUAUCUGCUGAGGUUUCCAUAUGUAUUUGCUUAAUUUGAUAUCAUUAUAUAGAAUGAGUGAAAUUCCUCUUUUAAUUGGAUUGGAGUAAUAUAUGUGGCUGCCUGAGGCAGAGGGGCCUCAGAUUGAUGGAUUAUUUUGAAAGGAAUUAUCAUUUGUCAAAAUUGUAAACAUGUGUGUCAAUAUUCUGUUUAUCUGCGUAGUCCCGAAGGGGGGAAUAUGAGGUGUCUGCACAUAGAUGCAUAGUUAUAUCCUAAUGCUUGUACUAUUACAUAUAUAUGCUUUACAUCAAGAUAAUUGUUUGGCCUGCUAGCUGUUAUUUUGGUCCAUCCUGACUUUAAGGAUAUUUGGAUAGGGGAACCAAAGAACCAAAGAGCUGUCAGGAGUGUUGAUGAUUGUGUUGUAAAAUAUAGUAAGAGAGUCAUCGGGUAUCUCAAGUCCCAUACAGUGUUUUUUCCUGUGUGUGUUUCCUUUGACGUGGUUAAGGGAGAGAUUUCAGGUCAAAGGUUAAGAGCAAAUUGGAGGGGCCUCUCUUUUCUUCUGUCCCUAUCUUACACUGAUUUAUACUAUUGUUUAUUUAGACUGCAUGUAUUGUAUUGUAUUGUAUUGUAUUGUAUAACCUCCACCGUAUAUAAGGGUUUGUAACGCAUAGAUCAGGAGAGUCUCUCAUCAUUCGGCCAGGAGCUCUCCAAGUAACGUUUUACUUGCUACGAUGCUGAACUUAUUGUAAUAAACU